UUCAGAGCAGAGUCUACCAAAACUGAAAAUGCAGGCUCCAUGCACAGAAGCUCUUUCACAGGCUUGAAAGGUUCAGGCUCCUUUCUCCUGCCCCUUUCUGUAGCAUAAGAAGACAGUCUCUGAAUGACAUUCUUCUCAAAUAAUGCCCAGAGCCUGUGUGACAACUGCUAAUCACAACGAUGGAGAGACUACAACAGGAUGGCGAUUCUGGGGCACUGUGGAAGUGUGAGUGGACUGUGUGGCCUUGGUUCCUGCCCUUUUCUGGAAUGUCUUUGGAUGUUGACAUUUCGUUUUACUUGGACCUCGUGCAACCGUUCUCUUCUCAAAGGUGGCCCGUGGGCUGCUGAGCCCUCCGCCGCGCGGGGACACGGUCUGCGCCCUGCCCGCGGCCACUGAGGAUGACCAUGACCCUCCACACCAAAGCAUCCGGCAUGGCCCUGCUCCACCAGAUCCAAGGGAAUGAGCUGGAGCCCCUGAACCGCCCGCAGCUCAAGAUGCCCCUGGAGCGGCCCCUGAGCGAAGUGUACGUGGACAGCAGCAAGCCGGCUGUGUACAACUACCCCGAGGGUGCCGCGUAUGAGUUCAACGCCGCAGCGGCCGCCGCUGCCGCCGCCACCGCGCCGGUCUACAGCCAGUCCGGCCUCGCCUACGGCCCGGGCUCGGAGGCGGCAUUCGGCUCCAACGGCCUGGGGGGCUUCCCCCAGCUCAACAGCGUGUCUCCGAGCCCGCUGAUGCUGCUGCACCCUCCGCCACAGCUCUCGCCCUUCCUGCACCCCCACAGCCAGCAGGUGCCCUAUUACCUGGAAAACGAGCCAAGCGGCUUCGGCGUGCGCGAGCCCGGCCCUCCAGCGUUCUACAGGCCAAGUUCAGAUAACCGACGCCAAGGUGGCCGGGAGAGAUUGGCCAGCACUGGUGACAAAGGAGGCAUGGCCGUGGAAUCUGCCAAGGAGACGCGCUACUGUGCAGUGUGCAAUGAUUAUGCCUCAGGCUACCAUUACGGAGUCUGGUCCUGUGAGGGUUGUAAGGCCUUCUUCAAGAGAAGUAUUCAAGGUAAUAGGCAUAAUGACUACAUGUGUCCAGCUACCAACCAGUGCACAAUUGACAAAAACAGGAGGAAGAGCUGCCAGGCCUGCAGGCUUCGAAAAUGCUACGAAGUGGGAAUGAUGAAAGGUGGUAUACGGAAAGACCGAAGAGGAGGGAGAAUGUUGAAACACAAGCGCCAGAGAGAUGAUGGGGAAGGCAGGAAUGAAACAGGGCCCCCUGGAGACAUGAGGGCUGCCAACCUCUGGCCAAGCCCUCUGUUGAUCAAGCACACUAAGAAGAAUAGCCCAGCCUUGUCUCUGACGGCCGAUCAGAUGGUCAGUGCCUUGUUGGAAGCUGAGCCCCCCAUCAUCUAUUCUGAGUACGACCCUACCAGACCCUUCAGUGAGGCCUCGAUGAUGGGCCUACUGACCAACUUGGCAGACAGAGAGCUAGUUCACAUGAUCAACUGGGCAAAGAGGGUUCCAGGCUUUGUGGAUUUGACCCUUCAUGAUCAGGUCCACCUUCUGGAAUGUGCCUGGCUAGAGAUCCUGAUGAUCGGUCUUGUCUGGCGGUCCAUGGAGCACCCAGGGAAGCUUCUAUUUGCUCCUAACUUACUCCUGGACAGGAACCAGGGGAAAUGUGUAGAGGGCAUGGUGGAAAUCUUUGACAUGUUGCUGGCUACAUCGUCUCGGUUACGUAUGAUGAAUUUGCAGGGAGAGGAAUUUGUGUGCCUCAAAUCUAUCAUUUUACUUAAUUCUGGAGUGUACACAUUUCUGUCCAGCACCCUCAAAUCUCUGGAAGAGAAGGACCAUAUCCAUCGUGUCCUGGACAAGAUCACAGACACCUUGAUCCACCUGAUGGCCAAGGCGGGUCUGACUCUGCAACAGCAACACCGGCGCCUGGCCCAGCUCCUCCUCAUCCUCUCCCACAUCCGCCACAUGAGUAACAAAGGCAUGGAACAUCUGUACAAUAUGAAGUGCAAGAACGUGGUGCCCCUGUAUGACCUGUUGCUGGAGAUGCUGGAUGCCCACCGCCUGCAUGCUCCAGCCAACCGUGGGGGUGUGCCCAUGGAGGAGCCCGCCCAGGGCCAGCUGACUACCACCAGCGCUGCUUCAGCACAUUCCUUGCAAACCUAUUAUAUCCCUGGAGAGGCUGAGGAUUUCCCCAGCACAAUCUAAGAGCUCCCCAGCUCCCCCAAGGUUCUGUGAAUCCCUGCAGCAUUUCACCCAAGCCAUGCAUCACUGUAGCCAAAUCCUGUCUCCUGCAUACACUCUGGCAUGCAUCCAUCACCAGUGGCUUUCUAAUAUGAGUGGCCAUUCAUUUGCUUGCUCAGUUCUUAGUGACACGUCUUCUGUUGGGAACAGCCACAGGGAUUCCAGGGCUAAAUCUUGGUAACAGCUCUUUUUCUCCCCAUUGCUCCAUGACUAAGCAUGAGGAUUCCUGUAGCUCUUGAUGAUGGAACUCAGCCUAUGGGAUGACUAUGUGCAUUGAAUCUAUUUGUUGAGCCAGGCCUGGGGAGUAGCUAUUUCACCUCUGAAAAAGCACUUUGUAAUAGCCUCAGGAAAGAAUUCAAAGUGGCUCCUUUCAUUGCUGACUUGGAGAAAGCUAGCACAAGAGUUAGUUCUAGCAUCCUCUUGUAUUCCUAUAGUCAUGCAUCAUUUUAUGAAAGUGAUGAUACCUGUUGCUCCAUUGCAUGGCUGUAGCACAAUGUUUGGUGAUUAUCGAUCCAUUUCACCUAUAGGAAUACAAGAUACACAAAGGAAAGGAAGAACCCCUUUCAAGACGACAGCACCUUAGUACACUGCACCUUCAGGCUUGAAGCACUACUGCUGGCAUUCCAGGGCACCAUGUACAGGUCCUGGGUUCCCAUUCAUUCUUGCUGCCCACAGACCUAUGAAAAACAAAAAGUGGAUCUAAGUAAAGUAACCUCCACAUAUAUCAAUAUCCCUAUAUGAGGGGUGAGCUCCAGUUUUCAUUGUCCCUAUUUUCAUUUUGUAGGAGAAAACCUCCUUCCAGGUCUUGGAGUAAAGUCAACUUCAGGACCAGCUGUGGUCGGGAGAGAGGGGAGAAUCUCAAAUUUACCAGCAGAGGGCACUCUACUUGGCUCUUCCCAGUGUGGGACACUGAAGGUGAAUUAUUAGUGCCAAUGAACCACCCCAGGCAAUUUCAAUGAGCCAGCACCAGCACUCUGGUGAUUUUUUUUUUAAAGCCCUGGGAUACGGGGAUUUAAGUAAAUGCGUGUGAUUUUUGUGGCUGCUAGAGAACGAGAAGGGAAAUCGAGUCAGAUCUGCAUGAAACUGUGAGGUGGGAGGAGCUUUUGCUCAGGGUGGCCCUGCUGCAGGAGGAAGCUCCCCAUAGCCCUGCACCGCACAGCUGGACUGCGCUGGGUGGUCCGCCCUUUCUUCCCUGCCCACCAUGGCCUGGAUACAAAGAGGUGCAGGGGACAGCUGCAUUCCUCCAUCUCAUCCUGCACACCCAGGCAGGGGAAGAGUGUUGGAAUCAGCCCACUCACUGCUCAGGCUGCUGGGCACCUGGUCAGACCACACAUGCCUUUGGUGGUUUAGGGCUCACCAAAAAUCAGGGUUUGGCUCCACCCCCCUAAUUCCCCACCCCCCCCAAACCAUGCCCUUAAACUUCCUAAGCCAGGAGAACCAGAAAACCAGAAUUGGGCCACAGGAAUCCUUUGGCCCCUGAAAACAAAUGGCUCAUCCCACACAUAGGGCCUCCCUUGUGUCUUGGCUUCCCUAGUACAAUUAUGAAUUAUUCUUUUUUUAAUUAACUAAAAAGGGUUUUUUUUCCCUCCAGCAACUUCACUGCUUAGAAUUCAAACCCUAUUGAGAGGUGAGCUGCUAGGUUUCCCUUGGUGUGUUCUGCUUGGAUAAGUGGGUUGCCCUAUUUUCUGGUUGCCCAGUUAAGUGAGCACCAAAGAACUAGGAGACUGGGAGGGCCAAAAACCUUUUUUUUCCUAUAUGUGCAUCUAAAUUUGGGGACAAUUUUAUGUAUCUGCGUUAAGAAUAAGUUUAAGAACGUGACUCUUUUGUUUAUCAAAGAAGCACCUUAUAUAGUAUAAUAUAUAUUUUUUUGAAAUUGCAUUGUUUGUUUAUUGGACAAUUGAAUGUAAUAAUUAUGUUCUGGAUUUAAUUUGACUGACUGGGUUAACAUGUGAAAACCAAGGGGGAAAUCUUUAGUUUUUUUGUAUACUUUUCAAGCUACCUUGUCAUGUAUGCAGUCAUGGAUGCCUAAACCUUGUGAUUUAUUCAUUUAAAUGAAGAUCACAUUUCAUAUCAACUUUUGUAUCCACAGUAGACAAAAUAGCACUAAUCCAGAUGCCUAUUGUUGGAUAUUGAAUGCUAGACAAUCUUAUGUAGCAGAGAUUAUGCCUGAAAAGGAAAAUUAUUCAGGGCAGCUAAUUUUGCUUCUACCAAAAUAUCAGUAGUAAUAUUUUUGGACAGUAGCUAAUGGGUCAGUGGGUUCUUUUUAAUGUUUAUACUUAGAUUUUUCUUUUAAAAAAAUAAAAAGACAACAAAAAAACUUUAGAACUAUAGAUGAUGUAAUACCAGCUAAAUCCAAACAAUAAUACAGUGGAGGGUUUUACAUUAUUCAUCUAAUGUACUUGUAUUCAUGUUAAGAAACUACUACAUUUGCAAUGGGCAGAGAACAUCAGAUGGUUGAAAUAUUAGCCCAAGAGUCUCAGUGUUUUAGAAAUCUGUUUUGCUUUUUAUUUGAAGUGUCACUAAUGGGCAGCUGACUUUUUCCAGCUGAUGUUGCGGUGGGGUAGAGGGGCCCUGCUGGAGAAAUUUGUGCUUUUCCCUCACUCUGAGGUCAUUUGCAAUUUGAAAGGCAUGAUAUACCCAGGAGGUUGGGGUAGGGUGGAAAAAUGGGCUAGGGAAUUUGGAGAAUGGGAAAUAUGGUGAUCAAAAUAUUGAAAGUAUUUUGAGGCAGAUCAUUUCUGGUACCUGGAUUGUGUACCCGUUUUUGGUAUUCAACUUCUGCACAAUUAUCCAAAACUAAGGACUCCACUGACAGCCGUUCCCCAAAAGCCAACAUCAAUCAUGGGGAAGAAGCAAGGGCCUCAGCUGUGAGUCCAAGGAACAGCUAAUGGUCCAUGUUUUUCUUAGCCAUUGCCUAGCCUACUUGCAGUGAUUUUGUAGUUACCAUGUAGCAGUAGGAGAUACAAACUCAUCCAGAGAGAAAACCCCAUUGAACUGGACUGCAACACCCAGCCCCUAAGCAAAUGCAGCCUUUGUUUAGAUUUCCUGAAUUUAGCCAAGGCAUUUCCGAUGCCUUUUCGGGGGCUGAACAAGACUAUUUACUUUUAAUCACACUGAAGUAUCCUCACACUGAAUCUUCUACAUUAAAAAAGCCAAUGAGUUAGGCUGUUGGUUUAGAGUACCUCUAUCCCUACUUAGAACCAGUUACAAACCUCUUAUCAUACUUUCCAACUCUGAGAUGGACUCUGGACACUGGGAAUGAUUUCAUGACAGUGGUAAUGUCCAAUAGUCACAGGUGUAUUGGCUUGGAGAACCCAAUCAUUUUAAAGACAGAGUCAGACAGUAGCUCCCAAGGCAACCAUGAUUCUCUUUGGGGAAUGUCUUGGGUGGUUGAUCCAGAUAAUAACAUACACUUCCCAGGUUAACCCCUGAACUUUACUCAUUCUCAACUGCAGCAAAUGAAUUUAACUGUGGUCCCAAAUAUUCAUCUUUUCAUUCGUGUGACUAUGCUGUUUCCAGCUGCAUUGCCUUUCCAUGUAAAGACUGUGGCCUCUUUUAAAGUCAUUCAAGAUUGUUUCGUACGUUAUUGCUGCCUCUAGUAUGGCACUUCAAUUUUGCACUGUCUUUUGGAAACUCAAAAAAUUUUUCUAUUUUUUUUUGCAUCCAAAUGUGCCUGAACUUUUAAAAUACGUAAAUGCUGCCAUGUCCCAAAACCAUCUUUCGUGUGUGCGUGUACAAAACUGUGCACCCUGAAAACAACAUACAGUCCCAUGAGCAGGUGCCUCAGACAUGGACCCCUUUGCAUUCACAGAGAGGUCAUUGGUCAUACAGACUUGAAUUAAUAAGUGACAUUUUUGCCAGUUUAUGUUCUCUCACAACUUAUAAACAAUGCUUUUUGUGCACUAUCUACUCUCCAGUGUAGAGCUCUUGUUUUAUGGGAAAAGGCUCAAAUGCCAAAUUGUGUUUGACAGAUUACUAUGCCCUUCUACCAAUGCAUACUACAAUGUGAUUCUGUUUUGUCGCUGCACUGCUUUGUUUAAUGAAAUUUACACUUGUAAACCUCUUUUGCACCUUAAUAAAAGAAUCUAGCUGGAGCACCUGUAAACCAUUUUCUCAACUUAUUUGAUGUUGAAAUAAAGAAAUAAACUAAAGACAAA